CUCCACUCUGUAUUCUGGAUAAUGGCGGCCGCGACGUGGGGCGGUUCGUUUCGCUUCUCGAAUGUGAAACAUAGUGUCACCAGCACCAAGGAACAACAACUGGCUCAGGCCCAGAGGAAACGUACCGACUCCCGGCGGAGGCAGGCCGCCCUCAGCUUCCUCAGUAACAUCUCGUUGGACGGCCGCCGGCCGGUGGAGGUUAGCAAUGGGUACCGGCCGGAGGUGGAGCCGGACCAGGAGAGGCCCCCAGCGAUGUCGGUGGCAGCUGCGGUCACGGCCAGUACCAGGAGCGGGCCGCUCGGUCUCGGCUGUAUCAGCUGUAUCUCAGGGGUACCGAGCGCCGCGGUCAUCACCCAGACUCCCCGGCUUGGGCCUCCGGUCGGCACCGUCUACGUGGGGCCCGCCAUCGCGUUGCCAAGGGAGCCGGCCGCCGGACCGGGAACUGAUACUCACUGCGAAGUAGCUGCUGCCCCCUGUGUCCAGCAAGGGGCUUCAGGCCCGGGAACACCUUUGCCCAAGGGUGGCCUAGUGCCCACACAAACGGCCACUCUCCUUGGACUCGACAUCCAGAAGCAGAGGAUAGUUCUUAUCUGCGCUAAAAGGUCAUUGUGCUCGGCUUUUUCUGUCCUGCCUUAUGGAGAAUUCCACAGUACUGGAGACAACAAGAUGGAAGGACCCAGGCAACGUAACCCUUCUGGUGGCAUUUCAGCUUCAACAGACAUGCUGCUUGGACUUGAUGGAGUCGAAUUUGGUGCAGACGUAAAGUCAGUUUCAUAUGCGCAGUUCCUUUAUCCAACCAAUGCCUUUGUCAUGCCAAAAGCUCUGCCCGAGGUUCCAACUUCAAUAGCACAGGUUCGCAACAGCAUGCAUCGGAGUUUUACACCAGGAAGACAUGGAGCUGCCACAAUAGCAAUGGAAUUAGGUAGUGAAGCUGGAGAUUUGAUAGAGUAUGAUCCAAAUCUUCUUGAUGACCCCCAGUGGCCAUGUGGAAAACACAAACGGGUUCUAAUCUUUGCAUCAUAUAUGACCACAGUGAUUGAAUAUGUAAAACCAUCUGACUUGAAAAAAGAUAUGAAUGAAACGUUCAAGGAGAAAUUUCCUCACAUUAAGCUGACGCUUAGUAAGAUACGAAGUCUGAAACGUGAAAUGCGAAACCUGGCAGAAGAGUGUACUCUGGAACCUUGUACGGUGGCUUUAUCAUUUGUUUACUUUGAGAAGCUUGUACUCCAAGGCAAAGUCAAUAAGCAAAACAGAAAGCUUUGCUCUGGUGCCUGCUUACUACUAGCAGCCAAAAUCAGCAGUGAUCUCAAGAAACAUGAAGUCAGACAUCUGAUUGAUAAACUGGAAGAACGGUUAAGAUUGAACUCAAAAGAGCUGGUUUCGUUUGAGUUCACCACACUUGUGGCUUUGGAGUUUGGCCUUUAUCUUCCUGAGAAAAAAGUGUUACCUCACUACAGGCGACUUGUUCAGCAAUCCUAAAUGCAAUUACAUUCCUACUGAAGAUGACAUGCACUUGGAAGAAGCAAGCAGUUCUUCCUGAAAUGCUACACUCUUGAAUCGUGAUUCUCUUCUGUUAGCAUAGGAAGUAUUGUACCAAAGUAACUUCUAUAGUGCUAAUUAAUAACAGUUGCCGAUUUUGUCCAAUUUUUUCAAAACUGAUUUGUGCCACCUUUUUUAAAUUAAAGCACCUUUACCCAAAAUUGGAUGAACCUUGUAAAGGAAUAUGUUUGAGUGAUGGCCUGUCACAUGAACAAUGGCAAGUUAUAGUAAUUACUAUUACCAAAAAUUCAUUUACUGGGCAACAGCACUUGCCUACAUGUUGGCUUGUCGUUGCCAAAAUAUCAAGUUCUAUGCUAUCUGUUCUUCCAACAAUUGUCCUACUGUACCUAUAAAACUGACUCUGCUGUUAGUUGCACAUAUGUCAGCACUCUAUGUUAGAGAUUCAAACGAAGCACAUUUUAUAGUGCUAUGCAGUCUAUAUUUAAACUAUUUUGCAUUUUCUGUUUUCACUGUGUAGUAUGUUAAACGUAUGCAGUCUUUGGUGAAAACAUGUUCCUUUCAGUCAUCAUCUUUGCAGAAUGAAAUGUUUAAAAAUAACUCUCCUCUCUUUUUACUUGUUUUAUUGUGAAAUUGUUAACCUUAUCAAUGAGGUGCUGGUUAGCAGAUGCACUUAAUGACUCUUAUUACAGCUUGUAUGUUGAAAAGUCCUGUUGAAAUUCAUCUUUUAGUUUCCUCUUUAAGCAGAGAAUGCCAGCUUUGGCGAUUAUUUAAUAUUUAAAUAUCAAAUGUCUUGUCUUUUUUUAAAAGAGAGUUUACAUUCAGCUUUAAAAUGUUAUGUUCUGUCAGUUUCUUCUGAGGUUACUGUUAGUAAUAGCAACAGGGAAUGUUGGAAACUCUCUCAGAUCAGGCAGCAUAUGUAGAAUAAGGAAGACAGUUAGUAUUUCAGAUUGGAGACCUUUCAUCAGAGCCAUGGACUUGAAAUUUAAAUGUAGCUUCCUACCUCUAGUGCUGCCUGACCUGCUGUUUAACAUUAUCUGCUUAUUUCAAGUAUGAGCAGUGUUGUUGCUUUUUGGGUUUUUUUUUUUGUUAAAUGUACUUACUUCACAGUGUGAAGCUACUUCAGGUAUUGAUAGUGGAACCAACAAUGAGCAAAUUAUGAUGCUCGCAUAUAAUGCCACUUUUUUGUGAAAUAUGGAUCAGUCAACAAUUUCAAAAACUGUGAAAAGAGCACAAUACCAUGAGUUUCUGUUCUGUUUUCAUUGACUGUUGAAUUUGUUUGUCUUUUAUAUAAAAAAAUGAAAAAGAUCAUUCAACAAUUUAAGCCUGUUCAGCUAUUCAAUAAUUCAUGGCUGAUCUGUACCUCAACUUCCGUUGCCUGCCUUUACUUCAUGUCAAAUGAUGACCUUUACCUAACAAAAGUCCAUCCAUUUCAACUUUGAAAACAGCUCAUCAUCUAAUCUUUUGACAACUUCCAGACUUCCACCACCCUUAUAAAUUGUGUUAUAUGCAAACAUCUUGCUCUAAUUUUAAAGUGAUGUCCCCUGGAUUUUCAAUUUAUUUUAUUAAUUAAAUGCCUUGAUUAGGUGACCAUUCAAACUUCUAAUCACAAAUGAUUACAAACUGAACAGUCUUGAUGGUUUAACCCUUUAAACCCUGGUUCUACUUUAUAGUGUGCUGUACAUUCUCUGCAGUUCAGACAUCUUUCCUGAGAUGCAGUACUGAAAGUCAACACAGUAUUCUAGGUGGUAUCUAACCAAGGGUUUGUAUUGCUGAUUCGUUUUUUUUUUAUUUCAACUGCCAUGAGAUAAAGCCACAUUCCAUUAAGCUUUUGAACACCUUCUGCACUAGCUUUUAGUGUACAUGAACACCUCAAUGCCUUUACUCGUCCACAACUCUCAUGGCCCCCUCAACUGGGAGUAUUCCAUCUGCAGUAGUUUACUACACUUUUUGAAUUUAGGCUUCAUUUUAUACAUUUCUUCUAUUUCCCAUUUGUUCUAUUUUAAUUGAAAUUGAUUAUUUUGCUACAUGGGUGCUGCAAGCAGAUUUGUUUAUAAAGUAAUAUGCUCAUUUAUUUAUUUAUAAUAUAUAAUAGAAAAGUGGGGAACUGGUUGUUCCUGUAAUGGUACUUGUCUUUCUCAAUUUUGUUUUAGGUAAACGGGAAGCCUUCUGGGUAAUUCUAAAUAGUCUGUCUUUCUACUGUCUCAUUGCACAAGUAACUUUGUCUAGAGACUUAAAAGCUUCUGUAUUAUAAAGUUUAUGCAUAUUUUUAUUCAUUUUGUAUUAGUGGAACUUCAAAACUUCAAGUAAAUUUUUUGAUUUUCAUA